UACCCACCCACCACCAUGCCCUAAAAACAUCUUAAAAACAAAAAACCCCAAAUUUCAAACCCUAAUUUUCCUCUUCAAUGGCGGUUGAGAGGGGAAAGGACUCAUCGUUACCACCAACGUCGCCGGCGAAUGUCGCCGUCACCAACGGCAUCGCUACCGGCGGCGGACUGGCGCCGUCUAACGCCAACUACCGUCUCCGGUUGAACCCUAACCAAGACCACAGGGCGGAUAACUACGAUGAUCUCGGUAUGGAGUUCACUCCUCUGCUUUUCAGCUCUCUCGAGCGAUAUUUGCCGCCAAAUCUUCUGGAUGUUCCUCGCGAUACGAAGUAUAAGUACAUGCGCGAUAUUCUCAGACGGUAUUCGACUGAAGGAGAACGUACUCGAGAGCAGAAGCACAAAGAAUACAGGCAAAAGAUUGUAUCCAAUUAUCAGCCUCUGUACAGAGAACUAUAUACAAUGAAUCCUUCGAUGUUUUUCGUACCAUCAUUUUUAAAGGCCUUCAAUGCCAAUGAAAAGACCAAAGAUGAAAGUAUUAAGAGUAUAAUGUCUGAACCUGCUCCAGGAGUCUACACAUGUGAUAUGCUGCAGCCGCGUUUCUGUGAAAUGUUAUUAAGCGAGGUGGAAAAUUUCGAAAAGUGGGUCCACGAAACAAAAUUCAGAAUAAUGCGACCAAAUACGAUGAACAAAUUUGGGGCUGUUCUUGAUGACUUUGGCAUGCAAGGAACACUUGAUAAGUUGAUGGAAGAUUUCAUCCGACAUAUAUCGAAAAUUUUCUUCCCUGAUGUUGGAGGAUACUCUCUUGAUUCCCAUCAUGGAUUUGUUGUUGAGUAUGGUAUGGAUAGAGACGUUGAAUUAGGUUUCCAUGUGGAUGACUCGGAAGUAACGUUAAAUGUAUGUUUGGGCAAGCAGUUUACUGGCGGGGAACUGUUUUUCAGAGGCAUCCGAUGUGAGAAACAUGUAAAUAGUGAAACGUAUCCCGAGGAAAUAUUUGAUUACCCUCAUGCCCCUGGUCGUGCAAUUAUUCAUCGAGGCCGCCAUAGACAUGGUGCCAGAGCCACCACAUCCGGGCAUAGAAUUAAUUUACUCCUGUGGUGCAGAAGUUCUGUAUUUAGAGAGCUGAAAAAACACAAAAAAGAGUUUUUAAACUUUUGUGGAGAGUGCAAAAGGGAGAAGAAAGGAAGGCUUCUUCACUCUGUGGCUGCAAAGAAAAAGGAGUUGCUUGUAGUUGAAGGAGAUAUAGCUUCUUGAAACAUCAUCAAAAGAAUAUGGAUCUUGUUUCUUUUGACCAUGUUGUACAUUCAGCCACAUUGUCUUCUAUUAAGGUUCUAAAGUUAUCCUUGUAAUGGAAUGUUGUCUGUUAGAACUUAUACACUAGGCUUCCUGGACAAGUUUCAUCUUACUUGACAGGACAUGUGUUCUUACGAGCCAUAAUGCGCAUCCCUAAGGUUGGAUUUAGUGUUUUU